GACCGCCGCUGGAAAGCUUUCGCUGGUUUGCAUCUCUGUUCAGUCUGAGGACUAUGCUCACAAUGUCUUGGACGCGGGAUGAGCUCCUUAAUCCUCACGUUUAUCAAACUGUUAUUGGCUCGGUUUGCGGUGGGGCUGCAUUGCUUCUACUAUGGAGAUGGAUGGAAAGGAGGAACUGUCAGGCAGUGUUACGGAAAGCCCGUUUAAGAAGAGAAAAAGCCUUGAGAGAAAUGGAGAGAGCCGUGUUGAACUUUGAACAGUCGAGGCAGCCAGGAGAUGCUGAAUUCAUUCUGUCCCUAUCCCUUCAGGAGCUGCAUGAAAAAUUGCAGAGAGGCAUUCUUGCUCCUGAUAGUGUACUGAAUGCCUACAUGGAGAAGGCUUUGGAAGUGAAUAAGCAGCUGAACUGCCUCACAGAUUUUCUUCCUGAAUGCCAAGCACAGCUUCAGAAUACCCAGGUGAAACGCAAGGGACUACUUUAUGGGAUCCCCAUCAGCAUUAAGGACAACAUUAACUGCAAGGGCCAUGAUUCGACUUGUGGACUUAGAAAAUUCUUAAACUGGCCUGCAGUUAAAGACAGUGUCAUAGUCCAAGUGCUAAAGAAACAAGGGGCCAUACCUUUUGUGAAAACUAAUGUCGUCCAGUGCUUGCUAAGCUAUGAGUGCUCUAAUUCCAUUUUUGGGCGAACUGUCAACCCCCGCGACCACAAGCGGACGCCCGGAGGAUCGUCUGGUGGGGAGGCUGCCCUGAUUGCAGCGGGAGGCUCCAUCCUUGGCAUUGGGAGUGAUAUUGGUGGCAGCGUCCGAGUGCCAGCUUCAUUCUGUGGCAUAUGUGGCUUCAAAGCAACUGGCAACCGAAUAAGCUUUAAAGGAUGCAAAGUGUCAGUACCUGGACAGAGAUCAGUUCAAGGAUCCUUUGGCCCAUUGGCUAGAGAUGUGGAUAGCCUGGCAUUAUGUAUGAAAGCCCUGUUGUCUGAAGACAUGUUCCAUUUGGAUGCCUCAGUGCCACCUCUCCCCUUCAAUGAUGAGGUGUAUUCCAGCUCUAAGCCGCUGAGAAUAGGUUAUUAUGAGAGUGAUGGAUUCUGGAUCCCCUUGGCCUGCAUGAAGCGAACAGUCAUGGAAACCAAGCAGCUGCUGGAGGCGGCUGGCCACACACUGAUUCCUUUCACACCUUUGAAAAUACCAUAUGCAAUUAAAGAGCUUGCAAUAAAGGGUAUUGGUGCAGAUUGUGGCACUACCAUCCUGGAAAAUCUAAAAGGUGACAUCAUUGAUCCUAAUGUGAAAGAUAUCUUUUAUGUAAACUCAAUGCCUCAAAUAGUCGUGAAGAUCCUGUCCUUCCUUCUGAAGCCUUUUAGUCCGAGAUUGGCAGGUAUCUUAAGGAGCCUUUGUGGAGUAGGAUCAGUCACUGAGCUAUGGAAGUACCAUGUUGAAGUAGAGGCUUACUGUGAGGAGUAUGUCAACUUGUGGAAAAGCAAGAAGCUCGAUGUUGUACUCUGCCCAGCACUAGGUCCUGCCUUCAAGCUUGGAUAUGCUGGAAAGUUAUCAGUUGCAUGCAGCUACAAGGUUAUUUUCAACCUGCUAAAUUUCCCAGCUGGAGUGGUGCCAGUUGGUACAGUGACCGAGAAGGAUGAAGAGGAGCUGAAGAACUAUGUCGGUUACUGCAAUGACAUGUGGGACAGGACUUUCAAAAAGGCGGUGGCAGGGGCUGUUGGCCUUCCAUUAGCUGUGCAGUGUGCAGCUUUACCGUGGCGGGAUGAACUUUGCCUACGUUUUAUGAAGGAGGUGGAAAGAGUUACCCAGAAGAAGAGAGGCAUUUAACUACAUCAGACUGGAAAGUCGUUUUAAAUCAAUACUACCAGCUGGGCCUUCAAUGCAAAGGUUGCUCUGCUCAGGAAAUGACAACUAUUUUUUUGUAACCUGCAGCUUAUAUACAGUAUUUGAAAUGCUUAAUAAUUUAAAAUAAGAAUCUAAAAUGAAGCAUAAUCAACUGAAAAGCAUUUGAUCUGUGUUCUUCUCCUCGGAGAUGUUUUUCACAGUAACAGAUUUGAAAUUUAGUCAGGUGUCUUUGCCAAAUGUUGGGGUUUGAUAUGAUACAUUUGAUAUGUCUUCAAUAUGUUAAACAAAUGGAUUUCAGGCAAUGCAAUUAUACUAAGCAUGUUUACUUUUCCAGUUCAACUUUUUCCUUCAGUUGACAAUGGAAAAUGUACAGUGUUGCAUCGCUAUUGUGAUCUAGUAUUCUGCUAUCUAAUGGCAUCCUAGUAAUUUACUGACCUAAAUCCAAAGAGUUUUGUGCUCAAAUCUUAAAUCUAGAAUGGAAAUCCAGUUUGCUGUAAUGUUUUUCCAUUACUUCAUCAACAAUAUAAUCACUAGGCUAUUUGCCAUGACCAACAAUUUAAUAAGACCAAACACACAGGUACAGUAGUGACAGAAGCAGAUCAAGGACCAAGCAUUCUUCAGUGACUCAGUAUUUGUCAUUUCCCAAGUCAGGACUGUGAGAGAAUGAUCGUUACUUGUUUGGAUGAGUGCAGCUUGAUUCCAUUCAGUACCCACCCAGCACCUUGAAAAGUCACUCAUCCCAUUACCUUAGCAUUGUGGCUGUACAGGAUACAAGGCAGCAGCAUUUCCUUGACCUGCAGCAACAACCCUGAAGCCGGACACCAGUUGUGUGGGAGCCAUCUCCCACAGAUGCCCUCUAGGUCUCGCAUCUUUCUGAAACUAGAAAUAUAUUUCCAUUUCUUCAGGGUCUGAAUCCUGUUGCUGGAAAUUGUAUCUUUGGCAUGUCAGCCUGAGAAGCAAAGUAAUGUCUGGCAUUUUUAAAAAAAAAGAUGGACUUUGUUUACAAUGACAUUGGAUAUAAACACAUUCGAACGAUUUGUUGGAAGAAUUGGUUAUCUGUAUCUGACGUAACUACCCUUCCUCCUUUGUGACUGAUAAUAUGCAAUACCCAAUAUGUAAUUAAUUAUUUUCUAAUUAAUUACCUGAAGUAAACUAAUAUUGACUUUAAUCCUGUUGUUUGUUCCACCUGCUUUUGUUUCCAAAAGGUGUGGAGCAACUUCGUAAUAAUGUUUGUCUCUAUCAAAUAAAGCAAUUGUC